CCGGAGGUUGUUCGGCGUCCAUGACGUCAGAGAGUCAACGGCUCUCGGUUUGAGUGUUUGACAGAUGUUCAACGGCUCCAUCCAAAACCGAGGACCGGAGGAGGGAGAGCCGUGUUGGGAUUAACUCCCCGGGAGAGUCAUGUCGGGGGAGAAGGCCACGAGUCCCUGUAACAAAUUCCAAGCCAACAUUUUUAAUAAAAGUAAAUGUCAAAACUGCUUCAAGUCGCGCGAGCUGCAUCUGUUGACCGACAACGGCAUGGAGCAGGCCAAACCCCUGUAUGGAGGCUGGCUGUGUUUGGCCCCCGAGGGCACAGAUUUUGACAACCCCAUGCAGAAGUCAAGGAAAUGGCAGCGGCGUUUCUUCAUCCUGUACGAAGACGGCAGCCUGAGCUUCGCCCUGGACGAACUGCCGAGCACGCUGCCCCAGGGGACCGUGAACCUGAAUCUGUGUACGGACGUCGUGGACGCCGAGCCCAGGACGGGCCAGAGGAACGCGCUCUGCGUCGUCACGCCGGAGCAGGAGAUAUUCAUCCGCGGGGACAACAAAGAGAUCAUUAACGGGUGGACCGAGCAGCUCGCCGUCUACCCACGGGCCAACCAGCAGAACCAGAAGAAGAAACGCAAAGCGGAGCUCGUCGCCAACCAGGAACCAAGUCCAGCCAAAAUGGCGGCAACUGAUCCGAGUUUUCCGUCCUCGGUGAACGCUCCGGAGUCCGGCUGGCAGGAAGACCCUCAGCAGAGCAGCGGACCGGGUGAAACCCCCAUGUGGACUGUCCUGGACCCGGACCCUCGGGGCCUGGAGAAGAAGACCCCUGCAGGCAACACAUCCAGCUACCUGAGCUCCGCCCCCUUGGACCUGGUGACCAGUGGAAACCAGUCAGACGACCAGAGCCAGGACAAAAGCAGCCCAACAGAGAGGAUUCUGGGAGUUGAGGCCACCGAGAAAGAGCAGGAAGGAGGAACAGCUGUUUCCAGGACGGGCCGGAGCGAAACCCGCAGCAACAAGAGAGAGAAGCCGAGUGCAGCGGCUCACCGGACCCCCGGGCCCCCCCGGCCCCCCGGGUCCCCCGACCCCCCUGACCCCCCCGGCCCAGAGGAGGCCAAGUCUCUGGACCGCAGGACGACUGACACCGUGAUGACGCCAGAUUUAUUAAACUUCAAAAAAGGCUGGAUGGUCAAACUGGAUGAAAAUGAGCAGUGGAAGAAGUACUGGUUCGUGUUGUCCAUGGACAGUCUGAGGUGCUACAAGGACUCAGUAGCCGAGGAGGCGUCAGAUCUCAAUGGAGAAAUCGACCUGACGAGGUGUUACAGCGUGUCUGAGUACCUGGUGCAGAGGAACUACGGCUUCCAGAUCCACACCCCGAAGGGAGUGUUCACGCUGUCGGCCAUGACGUCAGGCAUACGACGGAACUGGAUCCAGGCGCUCAUGAAGAACGUGCGUCCAGCCAAGGCCCCGGACGUGGCCAGUCUCCCCGGCCUCCCCCCCGAAGCUCUCCCCAAACCAGACGUGACCCGGGACUCGGCCGGCGACCUUCUCCCCAGACGCCGGAGCGUGAUGGAGCGUCGGCGGGAGGGCCGCUACAGAACCUUCGACUGGGCCGAGUUCCGGCCGCAGAGCCAACGCGGCGCCGCCCCCCCGGACCCCCAGAGGACCCGAGCCCCCUGCUCGCUGCUGGAGGUCGGCGAGCUGGAGAGGAGGAAGAGGAGGGAGGACCGGAGGAGGAGGUACGAGAGCAUGCUGGGCUCCCCUCUGGGCUGGGAGGCGGCGCACGGCGUCGGAGCGCCGAGUCCCAAAACCCAACAGGAGGUGGACGAAGAGAUCGAGGAGUGCUGGAGGCAGGUGGAGAAGACGGCGUUCAGGAUGGAGAGGAACGUGGCGCUGGUCGCCAACGGCAACGAGGCGGAGGAGGCGGAGAAGCUGCUGGACGGCUACAGGACCGGGGUGGAGGAGCUGAAGGCCCAGCUGGCCGAGUCGGAGCGCCACCGCCUGGAGAUGGAGGCUCAGCUGAGGACGGCGGGAUUCUACCCGCUGCAGCCGGACGAGCCGCCCGAAGCCGACGAGAACAGCGGCGCUCUGACCCCGGAGGACGUGGCGGGGGGCGACGGAACCCGAGAGCUUUUAGAGCGGCAGAACCGCAUCAACGCCGCGCAGGAGCCGCCGCCCGGCCUCGAGUCGACGCCGCAGACGCCGAGCAUCUGGCUGCAGGACGCCGAGGGCGACUUCCGGGCGCUGGAGACGGAAAACGCGCCUUUAUUAUCUUCAUCGUCGUCACCGCCGGCGCCAGAGAAGCAGCUCCUGUUUCCUCAGAGCGACGCACCGACCGGAGGUUUGAACCAGAUCCAGCCGGACGGAGGCGGCCGCCAGCGGCUUCUCAGCUCGGGAACACGAAUAAAUGGCGGCGACUUCGGCUCUUUGAUCCCGGGGACGCCUUCGGAGGACGACGACUCGCUCGCCGAGCUUCUUCUCCGCCCCGACGGGGCGACGGCGGCGCGGCUCUCCCGCGAGGUGGAGCUGCUCGCGGGCCGGAACGAGGCUCUCAACCAACGCAACCAGGAGAUGCUCAACCAGCUGACGGAGGCGGACCGCGAGAUCGAGAGGCUGAAGGCGGAGCUCGGCGGCCGGUACGCCGAACCCCGUCACCUCCCGGAGGUGGAGCAGCUGGCGCGGACGAGGGUGGAGGACCUGGAGGGCGAGCUGAGCUCCAGAGACCGGCAGCUGACGGAGGCCCAGAGCACGAUCGCCUCCCUGGAGGAGAGCCUGAGGGAGGCGGAGGCGGAGAACAAGGGGUACCUGCUGCGCUGCUUCGAGGCCACCGAGGCCAAGCUGACGGAGCUGGAGGGGAAGCUCGGCCAAUCGGAGCGAGCCCGCCGGGAGGCGGAGGCCGACCUCGGGAGGCUGAGGGAGGAGCUGGAGGAGGAGAGGCGUCGAGAUGGAGAGAGAGACGAUGGUUCUGGGGAGGAAAAGAUCCGGCAGGUGAUAGACGGGAUGGUCCUGAGGCUGCGAGCGCUGGAGAAGAUACUGGAGGCGAUGGACACGUUUGAUUUUGGAAAGGAGGAGGAGGAGGAGGAGACGCCCACCGUGGAGAGCCAGCUGAGGUGGGAGGAAGAGUUUUGGGGCUUCCUGAAGCUGAAGGUCGAUCGGUCCGAGCUCGGCGAGGAGAAGCCGGAGGACGAGCUCCUCGUCGAGGUGACGGAGCGCAUGACGGCGGAGGUGCAGCUGCUGCUUCUCGGGCACCGCCUCUUCUCCGAGAGCUCCGCCGACGGAGGUCUGGAGGAACCGGACCUCAUCCGGAGGAUCGCGAGCGAGGCGGAAACCGACGAGGACGGCGGGAUGCUGGACUCGGAGCGCCGGCCGUAUGAGAUGGAGUAUUUUAUAAGCGCCACGCGGGUGAAGCUCUCUCUGCUGAAGCACCUCGCCUCCUCCGUCGGCGGCCUCCACCCGGCGUGGGCCGACCGGCUCCCCGACCGGCGGCCCCGGUCCGGCUUCGUUCACUCGGCGGCGACGGAGGCGCUGCUCUGCCGCCGGCUGAGCCGGCUGCAGGGGAAAUACCAGAGGAGGCUGGAGGAAACCAAACAGGAAGCGCCGCUCGCUUCUUCUUCUGUGGUCUGCAGCAGCUGCGUCGCCUUGACGGAGGAGAACCGGGAGCUGAGAGCAAGACUGACCACCCUGGAGGCGGAGCAGCGGGCGGCGGCGGGCGAUAAGACGAGCAGGUGUAGCCAGACAGGGGAAGAUCAGCCAGAGGUCACGGGCGUGAAGUUAGAGGUCGCAGAUGAAAUCGAGGAGGAAGAAGAGGAGGAGGUCGAGAGCCUGGAAACCCCACCUGGAGGCGAGUCGGGGCUCCAGGAGACGGCGGAUGGAAACACGGAGGAAAGCGAUGCGUCCCGAGAGGAGGCGGAGCCUUCGGGAGAGGAGGCGGAGCAAGUUUCAGCCCUGAGAAGAAGAGUGGAGGAGCUGGAGGAGAUGAAAGGAGAGCUGGAUGGGAACAUGAGUUCAGUUCAGAGGCAACACGAGGCGGAGAUGGAGAAGCUGAAGGCUACGUGUGAGCGCGGCUUCGCCUCCAUGGAGGAGUCUCACCUGAAGGUGGUGGAGGAACUGCAGCGUCGACACCAACAGGAGGUGGAGCGCCUCCUGGUGGAAAGAGACGCACUGCUGGAGGAGGAGAGCGCCGCGACCGCAACCGCGCUCCAGGCCAUCAGUAACGCUCACCGGCUGGAGCUGGAGCAGGAGGUGCAGAGGAGGAGUCGGCCUCAGAGCGGCUCAGGAGACGAGCACCUGGAGAACGUCCACAGGCAGCACAGGGAGGAGUCGGCGUCGUUCCGGCGGGAGCUCGAGGUUCUGUCGCAGCAGUUCUGUCUGAAGUGCCUGGAGAACGGACACCUGGUCCAGGCCCUGGACGCCGAGAGGAAGGCCUUAUGUCAGUGCCAGCAGGAGAACCAGGACCUGAGGAGCAGGAACCAGGAGUUGAGCGGUCACCUCGCAGCAGAGAUCACCAGACUCUGUUCUCUGGGGAGGGAGGAGCAGCCGGCCCUCCGUCAGGGGAUGGACGCGUAUGAAAUGGAGAUCACGCUGCGAGUGAAGGAGUCUGAGCUCCAGUGUCUGAAGCAGGAGAUCACGUCUCUGAGGGACGACCUGCAGACGGCUCACAGGGACAAGAGGACCGCCACCAAGAAGUGCAAGAGCAUGUACACGGAGCUGAGCAUCACCAGGGCCAAGCUGGAGAGGGACACGGACGAGCUGAGGGGAAACCUGAGGCUGGCCCACCGCGCGCUGGACCAGACGUCGCCCUGAAAAUGGCCCUUUUUCACUUCACUGUAACGCGGAGAACUGUUCCUGUAGUUAUACACCCACAAGAAAUAUAUUUAAAACUAAAAUGUAAUUGAAAAAUACGGUUUAAUUCAUUUGGUUUUAAAUGUGUUUCUUUAUAUAUAUCAAUAAACACAUUUAUAUGUAUAUAUACAUAUAUAAAUAAAU